AUGGCCUAUGAGAUCUACUAUGCGUUCGUGACCACUUCGACCACAUUCGAAAGGGUUUGCUUCUUGGUCUGGUUUGCACUUGAUGCCAGCUUUGCCGCAGUCGCGGUCUUGGCGGCCUAUCCUCCCGAGAAGCGAAGAGUUGUUGCGACCCGACUCGUUGCGGGCAUCUUGGCUGGCGUGGCCUUCCUCCAUGUCCUCUGUCAAUACUUUCCCGACGAACGCGAGCAGGUGACGGCUUACUGGACUGGACUGAUUCUCCAGGCACCCAUCGGAUGGGGAUCUGUCUACCUGCUCCUUCAACGUGGAGAUACCAAAGGCCAGUCCCUUGAAAUCUGGUAAGAGCACACGUUCCAAACCAUGUGACGGGCUUUGUUCUAACUCCGACCAGGGUAACGAGAUUCCUAGGCUGUGUGACGGCUUAUUCUGUCUUCUUCUGGCGCUAUCUCAACUGCCCGGAGAAUUGGCCGUACGUUGGCUCCUUCUGGAGCAUCGCGACGAUUGUCAUCACGAUGAUACCGGAGGUCGCUUAUCCCUUCAUCUACCUCCAUGUUCACAAGAAGCAGAAAAGCAAGGUGGAAUGA